UCGCUUGUGUUACACUAAUGUGGUUUUUCCUGUCGCUCUUAAGAAAGCUCUUACUGCUACAUUCUUUGCUGUUCAUGAAAUCGAACGUAUCUUGGAUCUUUAUAAGAUGCGGUUGCCAAUGAGACCCCUGGCACUGUGUGCUGGGGCCCCUGGGAAGAGGCCGUCAUCAUCUGUACCCACUGGCGUUCAGAGCUUCGUGCCUCACAGCAGCACCAUCGACGCUGAUGCCCUAGAUCGGCUCCAGGACUUUGUGUCUCGCGCCACACGCCUCUUCGUCAUCACUGGGGCUGGGAUUUCCACAGAGUCUGGGAUCCCAGACUACCGUUCAGAAGGGGUGGGCCUCUAUGCCCGCACAGACAGGCGACCUAUGCAGUAUGCGGAGUACGUACGCAGCGCCAAGUCUCGUCAGCGCUACUGGGCUAGGAACUAUUUGGGCUGGCCACAGUUCUCCUCUCAUCAGCCGAACUCUGGCCACCUGGCGCUGCGGCACUGGGAGGAACAGGGGAAGAUACACUGGCUGGUCACCCAGAAUGUAGACGCGCUUCACUCUAAGGCAGGUCACCACAGACUGACUGAAUUGCACGGCUGCGCUCACAGGGUUUUAUGUCUGGGCUGUGGUGCCGUGUCUCCAAGGGCAGACCUCCAGAAGCGCUUCACAGCACUAAACCCUGACUGGGGCAUACAGUCUGGCUGUGUGGCCCCCGACGGGGAUGUCUUCAUUGAGGAUGAGCAGGCACUCCACUUCAGAGUGCCUUCCUGUAAGGACUGUGGGGGCAUACUGAAGCCACAAGUGACAUUCUUUGGAGACACUGUGGACCGAAGGACGGUGCAGUUUGUACACGGCAGAUUGGUUGAGGCAGACGCGGUUCUUGUCGCUGGAUCAUCUUUGCAGGUAUAUUCUGGGUACAGAUUCCUACUGGCAGCAGCUGAACAGAAGACCCCAGUGGCAAUUUUGAAUAUCGGGCCUACUAGAGCUGACCACAUAGCAGAGGUCAGAGUCAAUGCUCGUUGUGGGGAGGUACUGACUAUCAUUCAGCCUCACUGACCUCAGCAGUGUCUGACAGAUGGACUUAGACUUGAGUAUAUGAUGCACAGACACUGUGUUGUAUUGAGAGGAACUUAAUAUUAUAAAAAGAGGGUAACAAAAUGUGACACCACACAUCAAGAGACAAUUGCAGACGAAGAGUAAUUAUGGACUACUGUCCCAGGGAUGACAUGCAUUGAGUGAGUAGGCCUGUGUGGCCAAGUCUUUGUACACACUGAUCAACAGUGAACUCCAAAAUAUUUUUUUUAACAGUGACACGUGUUUUCUUGACUCUGUAUUUCAGCACUUUGGAUUUAAAAUUAUAUAAUCACUAUGGGGUUAAAGUGCAGCCGCUCAGCGUCAAUUUGAGGAUAUUCUGAUCCAUAUUCUCUUCUGUCCAUGAUUACUUUUCCAGGACUCGUCGGCUGGUUUAGUUAACUUUUAGCAAAAUGUUACCUGACCUAGCCAUCCUUUUUUUUUUUAUCUGACCAGUGGUUGGCACCGCUAGUCAGUGAUAGUCUCUAUAGUUCUGCAGGUGAGGAUUUCUGCUGAUGGUUGUGGCUGACUUAAUCCACACCUACCUCUUAGAGUGUUUUUGAUCAGCCUGACAGAUGUUUAUUUUUAUUUUGGCGAGCAACCAUCAGUCACCCAUUAAACUGAACUGUUUAUUAUGAUG